AUGGAAGGCUUUGCAAAAAGGAUGUGGGGUGAUAAACUGGAUAGGGUGAAGCUCUUAUCAUUUGGCAUUUACAUCAUCAGAUUUAGUAAUGUGGAAGCAAGGGAUCAAGUACUUAAUGGAGGGUUCAUUUUCUUCAAUAGGAGACCGGUUAUCAUGAAACCAUGGAAUCCUAAUGAGAAUUUCAGUAAAGAAGAUGUGUCUAGAGUUCCAAUUUGGAUUCAAUUGGAAGGAUUAGAGCUAAAAUACUGGGGAGAGAAAUCGUUGUUUAAGAUUGUUGGACAAAGGGGGAAACCGAUUAUGGUAGAUGCAAUCACCAAAGAGAGGGAACGGUUGAGUUAUCCUAGAAUUCUAAUCGAAGUGAGUAUGAAUCAAAAGCUCCCCGAGAUGCUGGAAUUUGAAGAUGAACAUGGGUGGAAUUCAUCUAUAGGCGUGAAGUACGAAUGGAAACCUUCCAUUUGCACUCAUUGUUCGGGGCUGGGGCAUAUAGCAGAUGACUGCAGAAAGCGUACAGUUGGGAAAACAGAGUGGAUUGUCAAGGCUGAUAAUAGGAAGAAUAUUCAAGUGGAUGAGGAGGGUUUUACCAAGGUAGUGGGGUCCAAAAAGAGUGAAAAAGUAAAGGAAAAGAGGGCUGAAACUAUGGUCAGCAACACUUUUCAGGCCUUGGAUACAGAGCAGAGUUUAGAGGAAGUUGAAUCAACUCAUAUGGACAAUAUGGAAGAGGGGGGAGAACCCUCUUUCAUCAAUGGAUAA